AUGGCGAUGGACCACGGACGAGACCCCUGCCCCUGGGUCGUCCUGAACGAUUUCGGAGGUGCCUUUUCCAUGGGUGCUGUCGGCGGCACCAUCUGGCACGGCAUCAAGGGCUUCCGCAACAGCCCGUACGGCGAGCGACGAAUCGGCGCGCUGACGGCCAUCAAGAUGCGCGCGCCCGUGCUGGGCGGCAACUUUGGCGUCUGGGGCGGCCUCUUCAGCACCUUUGACUGCGCCGUCAAGGGCUUCCGCCAGAAGGAGGACCCGUGGAACGCCAUCACGGCCGGCUUCCUCACCGGCGGCUCGCUCGCCAUGCGCGGCGGUUUCAAGUCGGCGCGCAACGGCGCCAUUGGCUGCGCCGUCCUGCUGGCCGUCAUUGAGGGCGUCGGCAUCGCGUUCGGAAAGAUGAUGGCUGGUAAUACCAAGCUAGAGACACUCACCACACCACUGAUUUUCCAAAAUUACGACUUGAAUAGACUUCUGGACGGGGACGGCCUGCAUCACCGCGACGGGCGGACAAACAAGACGACGGGCACCAUCUAA